AUGGCAAAAUGUCGUGAAGCUGGUAUGGAGAAUUUUUUCUUCGAAGUAGUCACCGACAAAGCGAUUAACUUACCGUCAUUACCACGUCUUCGCGAAGUGGUUGUCCCUACCACAUACAGGACUAAAAGUGGUGCGUUAUUCAAGUCGCGAGCCUUACAGUACUGUCUAGAGGAUGAUGUGAAUAUUCUUCAAGAUGACGAUUGGGUUGUGCAUCUCGACGAAGAGACUCUA